AUGGCUCAAGAGGCUUUUGAUGAACAAGACGACCUGACGGCACUUGAAGAAGAAUUGACAUAUUUUGAAAAAUCGGAUAUGGGUCUGUCAGAUGAAAUCUAUAUUUCUUCACCAAGAGCAUUCAAACCAGAAUCGCCAGAGAAAUACCAAAACCUUCACAUCUAUUUCGAGGGCCCAGAUGAAGCACCGUAUUCCAACGAAGUACUUCAAUUCUUCAAUCAACCCACAUCCACCGAAUACAGGAAAGCAGUCCAAACAUUCGAAAUUACAGGUUACUAUGAAAGUCACAUCCAACGCGCAAAUUGGACCGGCAUUACAUAUCUCCUUACCAAUCUUCCCAAUCUCUCAAUAGUGCACUGGAAAAUUUCUAAAGCUAUCUGCCCCGAGAUACUCUCCAAUCUCAGCAUAACGAAUCCAGAUGCCCGCAUUUACUUGCACGAUCUUCCCCCCACGGGAGAUCCCAAUGAUCAUCAUUACGAAGCCUCAGGUGAUUCUAUUGCCACUAUAAAUCAUCUAAAUGAAGAUGCCCGUUCGAUCCUUGGGUCUCCGUUAUUAUAUUCCCUCAAUGCCGAUAUUAUAGAUUCCUACUGGUCAGAUCCAGCGUCGAUGCAGAUUCUUUUCGAAAUCCUGCGCUCCAAUCCGCCGAAUAUGCGAGAAUUGCAGUUGAGGUUUUUGCAACAAGGAUGUGAGGUUGGUAAUCAGGUUGAGGCAUUUCCUUUCCUUUCGAGCAAAUUCAAUACCGAUCAGGAAAAUAUGACAUCGAUACAAUUUCCCCCGCUGGAAAAAUUGGUCAUCGGCGGAUAUGAUUUUGAGGAAUCGCCUGAUGGUGGAAGUGGAUGGUAUGAAACGCCCGAAAUCGAUUGGCGGACACUUCUCGAGUUUCCUUGGAAUAUACUCCCAAUGUGGUUUAUUAAUUGGUUGGGAGAGUCUCAUUUGAGAUCUGUGUGGGACGCUAUUCGUUAUAUACCGCUUGAGCGACUACCUUCUCCUGAUGGGGUGUCGAAUUUGGCUGUGUGGUUAAAAGUUAUGGAUUGGUCUAAAUUGAAGACUUUGCAUAUGACACGUCCUGGUCCGGUCGCGAUUCAGGAAUUGGGGAUUAUGGGUGCAUUAAAUGGAUUGAAAGAGCUGAAAAUCGACGGAAUGAAAAGUCUGCGGGAAUAUGACAUAGAAUCGGAAUGGGAAAUAGUAGUGGAUUUUCUGGACGAUAUAGCGAGUAACGGGACAAGUCUUACAUCUCUUUGGAUCCGUGAUAUUCCGUUCCCGAAAAUGAUGAACGGCAACAAUGCAGCAACUGAACAUAAAGCUACGGAGAAAUUGCUGGGUGCCUUAUCACAACAUACGAAUCUCACAAAGCUUCACUUGUACGAUGGAAUUCAAUUUUCCUCUUCGGGAUCGUCUUCGCAAUUGCCGAAGCAAUUUCCCAUACUGGUUUCUGCUCUUAAUUUGUCGUCGAUUGAAGAUCUCGCGAUUGAUAUACCGUCACUCCCCGGUUCCAAUUCCUCAAACUCCGAGAAUGGCAAUUUGAAGACUGAUGGAAUUGAUCCGGAAAUUUCAGAUAAAGAGAUGUAUAAAGAUUUCACUCCCUUGACUCAAAAUUCUCGGUUGAAGAGCGUGGAAUUCCAUGUUCCAGCACCUGAAUGCUGGAGGCAUCAAUUUAAACUUGUUCCAGAAUCAGGGAUACAGGACAGAAAUUAUAGUAAGCCGGGGCAUAAAGCGGAUGUAUUGGAAGUGGAGAGAUGUGAGAAGGAAGAGGAAGAGUUGGGGAAGAGCACGAGGAGAUUGCUUGAGUGGAUGAAUGAGGAGAGAGAAAGGGUCGGGGAAGAUGCGAUUAGAAGUUUGAGAGUUGUGGUGGGGGAGGAGGUGGGUGGAGGGAAGGAGGGGGUGGAGUUGGAGAUGUUGGGAACAUCGGCGGGUUUUGAAUUCACGGGGAAGUGUGGGGUUUGGGAAUGUUGGAUCGAGGAGGGAGCAGCGGUGCCAAAGUGUAAAGGGGGGAGGAGAUGGUGGGACUAUGGAAUCUGGGGGUGGUAG